AUGCCAUUGCCGAACAAAAGUGGCGAAAUACAUUCACAUGGACAGCCAAAUCCGAAUUCUAUGUCUUCUGGAAUCGUCUCCACAACAGAUUCAAGAGGUAUGAUUAAUGUUUCUUUGAGAAAUUUAGGUACACAUCGCAUGUUGAUGACUUGGUUGACUUUGUCGUAACUUUUUUUAAUAAAUAGAUAUAAAAUAAACUUUAAACUUAUUUUUUGACCUUUAUUUUAAACUUAACAAAAAGUGAUGAUAUGAGUUUUGUAAAGCAUAAAAAGGGAGUAUAUAUUCCGAAUGCUUUAAGUUUAUGUCUUGCUUUUUGAAAAAAGAUAUGAUUCAAAAUGGCAAAAAUUUAAGAAAAAUUUGUUUUUUGGGAGAAAUAGGGUUUUUCGGUGUUUUUUGAUGCUUGACACCUUAAAAUUAAGUUUUUAAUACCUAAAAUAAUAGUUCUGUUACCUAAAGCUCACCUUUUUUAUAUUCUAUUACUUAAACUUCUAUUUCCAGGCCUCCUAGCCAGUGGCACACAAAAUGGUGUGGUUGGGAUAGCAGUGACAGACACUGCCCACUCGGAAUCUUUUGCUGAAUCCGAUCUGUCACGUCGAUACAAUUACAAUUUGCGAGGGCAUCACGUUAAAAUUCAGCGGGUUGCGUGGAAUGCGACUAUGACAAAACUGGGUUCGUGCGAUGAGAACGGUGUGAUUUAUGUCUGGGUACCAAACGAGGAACGAUGGUCGGUGGAGCUGGUCAAUGAUCGAGGAUUGAAGGUCCGAGAUUUUGAUUGGAGUCCUAAUGGAUCGGCCGCGCUUAUAUUGUAUGAGGACAACUUUGUUCUGAUUGGUAGGUUGUUUUAGUUUGAUAUUAUGAUAGGUUGAUUGAAAUCUGGGUUUAGUGGAAUAUUUUGAUAAAUAAUGGAAGAUAAUGAGUUAUCAUGAUAAAUAGCUACAGAUAAUGAAUUAUAUUACUUAAAGCAAUAUUUUUUAACCUUCAGGCUCUGCCGUUGGUCAAAGAAUCUGGUCGAACACCUUCCUAAACCAAGUCAAUUGUGGUACCUGGUCGCCGAACUCAAAAGAACUCGUACUAGGCUUAGAAACCGGUCAAAUUCAAGUCUUCAACGAUCAAGGAACGAUAAUCACGGAACGACAACUUCUCCAAGUCGGUGUUUUUAAACUAGCGUUCUCCCCAAUCCGAGAAGACGAAGAAGAACAUCAGAAGUGGACAUUGGCUGUCGUAUCAAGCGACGAUCAGAUCCUGUUUUUGAAUACUCAGUACGAGGUGGAGUUGUACGGAUGGAAAAGUCGUGACAGUAUCAGAAGCAUCCACUGGAGCUCCAGCGGUCUAUUAUUGGCCGUAGUUUGCAGUACAGGAAGGAUUGUCAUCCUGAACCAUCAAGGCCGACCGGUACACAGCUUCAUACCUCCAAUCAUGUUCGACGACGAAUCAAUGGUCUUCACUUGGGCACACAAGGAUGAAAUGAUGGUUGUAGCAGCAGGAUCAACCAUAGCAGUAGGCCGAGUAGUCGCAGGUGUACCAGCCUUGACCGAACUUGUCGCAUAUCAACUAUGGUUAAGUGCCGGCCGAACCGGUCGAUUUGCAUACCGACUACAGCUCCCACAACGACCAACUACCAUCAUAAAGCAAUUCGAUCGGCAUCUGAUAAGAUGUCGAGUACCAUCGUACGACAAAAUGUGCCGUUUCGUAUGUGAACCCACCUUCUGGCGAUGGUACUGCACCAUAAUGCCAAUACCAAGAAAGUCAUAUCAGUAUAUGUUGUGUGUAGAACAUCUGGGAGGCAUGAUCCCCGUGCUAAUAGGACGACAAAUCAAUCGUGUCAUACCGCAGUUUUUGAUCAGCCUACCCCCGUCCACGGCAUAUACCACGCCCGGCUACAGUUACGGCCCAUGGGCAAUCAAAGAUCACAUGGUAGGCCCGAGAUGGUCGUAUGCCGCGGAUUGUAAUGUGAAUCUACCAAUGCCAAACUAUUCGUUCACUCAUGAUCUGGAACCAAUGCCACCAAGUGGAAUCGAAGAUCCGAGUGAAACUAGUGGAUAUGCUCAAACUAUCGGUAAGUAGAGGGGGUUUAUAAAAAAUUUUUGAAAAAUGGAUUCAUGCCGAUUGUAAAGGGUUUAAUGUUGCAUAUAUAGUGAAAGUUUCAACUCAAUAUCUUGUUUUAUAAAAAAAUUAUACUAAUUUAAAAGGUCGAAAGUCAAAAAGAAAACAUAAUAUUAUGAUAGUCAGGCCCAUAAUUUGUCAUAUACGAGGACUAAAAUUACCUUAUUUUAGCCAAACGAAAGCUACAAGAAGACAUCCUCCUAGCUCCACAACCCGAACCUCGCAACUCGGUGUGGCGACGCAGUAAGCGACGCAUCAAAAAGUUCAUGUCCAAGCGACUGGCCAACCCGAUAGUGAAAUCGAAUCGAGUACUAUGCCACGUAUCAUCCAAUGUAUGGUGUACACGAUUCAAAAUCACAUCACCCGGUAUCCGUGACCUCCCCCCAACCCUCGCGCAUGUCGUCUAUAAAACCUCGGUUUUACAUUUACAACCGCGACAAAUGGCCAUAGCUUUGUGUGACCUGAGGCCAUUGACCAAGAACCUGCCCUUGCCUAUGAACACAACCUUGUCGGUGGAUAGAACUACUGGAAUAAGAAACUUUAGGUCGGCUGAUAGCAGUCCAGCUGUUUUUAGGUAAGAAAUUGAGGUUUUUGGAAAUUUGUUACCUAAUUUGUAAAGUGUUACUAAUUUGGUACUAAAUUUGAAAAAUGGUCCUAUUUUAGUAAUAUUUUUAAAAUUAUGCUAAUUUAGUACAUAAUGUCAAAUAACUUUUGCUAUGUAACUGUAUUGAAUAAGUCAUAUCAUUCUAGGCCAACUGACCGCCCCCGCACAGCCCGCGGCCCCCGGACCCUUCAGCAAAUCAACGCCGACUCCAGCGAUGACCAAAUUAACAACAAUCGACCGGUCGCACCCAUCCGCCCAACAAUCAUGGACCCCAUCCUUCGCUUCGAACAACAACAGCGCCAACUCCAACCCAUCCCACCUCAACAACGCCAGUUCAUGACCUACGCCGAGACCCGGGCUCGCCUCAGAGAUCGGCGACCAAUCCAAAGAGUACCAGUUGCUCAAAUCCAACAACCCGACCAGAAUCAGAAUCAUCAAACGAGACGAAGAAGCCGGGCUAGAACUCUGAGGAAUCACUUGCUGCGGCGAACUGAUCAACAACAAGAUCAACAGAGCCUACUACAACAUGCUCACUUGGAUAAUAUCAAUGAGGCUGAGCUGUUGGGCCCCAGAAUUGAGGAAGAAAGGAGGGUGGAGGAGAUUGAGGAAGGUAGGAAAUUGAUUUUUUAAAAGUUUAGGCGCUUUUUCAUUUUUUUUUGUUAAAGCAUUUUUUGAUUGUUUUUUUUAAAAUAUUUAUUACCUUUUUUAAUAAUUUUUCAAAAAACUUAUUCCAGCUCGCCCAGCAUCCCCCAGCCAAGAAGACGAACUAGUCGAAGAGGAACGUCGUCUUUAUACCAACGUCCUCGCCGAGUACGAAGGCCUUCGCACUGCCGUCGACGAACACAUUCAACGAAUGCGCCGUUUCGCCGAUGAACUCAAAAACACAAAACCCAAGCUAGCCAAGCGAAAACCCGAAAAGACGAAGAAGACCGCGGCCAAAGGCAAAAAGGAAAAACCAAAAAAGUCGACCAGUUUCGCCGACCAAACUGACCAAGCCGUCCAAACCGAAAAGCCACGCCUCUCAUGGCAACACAAACUCGAUUCUCUGGAUUUCAUCGACGAAGAUGCGAAGGAGGAUUCAGCGUCGGAUGAGGCCGCUCUUCUACCUCCACACUCUCCACCACCACCACCGCCCGAGCUCAGGCCAAGCACCUCCGAUUCGAGCACGUCGGCCGAAAGCAAAGCCAAAAAGGACGACAUUAUCGACCGGUUGACGGCAUUGGCCGCUGAUCUUAGGUUGAGAGGGCAUCGGAAAGAGGCCGAAAUGGUAAGGAAGGGGGUGUUGUUGAAGAUUUUGUAAGGGAACGGAUAUUAUAAAAGGUUUCAUAAAGGAAAAGGUAUCAUUGUAGGAUCUUUUGAAAAAUAAGCUGUUUGGUCCAAAAGUUUAAAGAAAAACCAAUUUUCCUAAUUUUUAAAAGGAAAACCCUACGGCUAGUUCAAUAUUACAUUCUUUGUUACAUUUUCAUAAAGUUACCCUAACAUAACAUGCUAUAUUUCCAGGCGGAAGACCAGAAUCGUCUGCUACAAGACGAAUCCCAGCCGGAUUCGGCCGUUCCCCGCUCCCCGUCCGUCGACGAUAUGCGAGCUCAACUCCGCGACAUUGCGGCCCAACUGGGACAACUGGAAGAAGCCAUCCGAACCAACUCGAUGCUCUCCGACCUCCAUCAACGCGUUCAAAACUUGAAAUCGACCUUAGGUGAAAACCCUCACGCGGCCGACUUUUUGGACACAAAACGUCGCAAAAAGGACGAAGAUGACAUAAUGGACAUCCAAAGCGAGCGUGCUGAUUCACCACAAAACCCCCAACAACAAUAUGGAGUGAUAAGGGUGGCGAACAAAACCCCGUUCUGGAACGAGGAGAGUCAGGUCUAUCAGGUAAGGAUAAUAUAGCUAGUGGGGGAGGCUUUUAAAGGCAUAGUAGCCGGUUAAAAAAUGUAAAUUAACGUUAUGUUGCCUGGUAGAAACGAUUUUAUGGAAAAAUAGUUUCUUGACGUUUUUAUGACGUUUCAUGUUUUCGUUAUGGGACCUAUUGAAGGUCAAUGUGUUAUAACUUUAAAAAUUAUUUAUGGAAAAACACGUAUUUUACACCGUUUUGUUCCUCAUAAUGAAUGGUUUUAUUAAAAAAACUUUUCUUUGUAAUUUUCUUGUUUUCGUGGUGGGACCCAAUAAACCUGUAACACCGUUUUUAAACCCCUAUUUUCAGUUGGAUUUUGGCGGUCGAGUGACGCAAGAAUCGGCCAAAAACUUCCAAAUCGAGCACGAAAACGAGCAGGUAAUGCAGUUCGGCCGGAUCGAAAACGGCGCCUAUACCCUGGACUUUUGCACUCCCUUGUCGGCGGUUCAGGCAUUCGGAAUCGCUUUGGCUUCAAUCACACAACGCCUCAAAUAA